UCUAAUGUGCAAUUACUUUGUUAAAAUAGGAUUCUAACAACAGGAUACUGAAAAGCCAAAUAUUAAAAUAAGAAAAUACUUUAAAACAUAGAAUUAACUCAAAAAUGAUUUUUUUAAGUAUGUAUUUUAUCCCUAUUAAUUUCUCUUUUUUAUUGCUUUCUAUUAGUGUUAACACUAUAAUAACACUUUAGAUGAUAUUAUACUAUUUGUCCCUUAAAUAAUAGUACUCACAAUUUACUUAAUACUAAUCAUACUAUUUAGGGUUAAUUCUACUAGAAAGCCCAAAUAUCAUAAAAGUGUCACUUUUGUACUAAACCAUUCAAUAUGACAAAUCUGGCACUUUAUGCGUUGCAUGAUAACUGUGUCCUAAACUUAUUUAAUAGGACAAAUCUGGCACAAACCACAUAGAUGUUGACUAGAUUUUCCGAUAAAUACUAAUGGUCUACGUCUACGCCAGUCAAUAUUAACAAAAAAAAAAAUAGUUCAUACCAGAUUUAUCAUAUUGAAUAGUUUAGAACACAAAUGAUACUUUUUGAAUAAUUUGAACUUUUUAUGGAAUUAGCCCUACUAUUUAUUUUCAAUAAACAAGACAGACUUUGACAAAAGAUCUCAUUGCAUCAAAUUCAUCACCAUCAUGUUUCAUGUGGGCAUGGUUGGUCAUCAUUUUGAUUGAUGCAUAUUCUGGACUUUUUAGUAGUUUUGGGUUUUGUUUUGUUUUUCAAACUAUUGAUAAGUAAUUAUCAUUAUUUAGGAAGUUUUAGAGUAUGAUUACUAUUAAGUAAGGGGUGAGAUAGCGAUCACUUCCUUUAAAGGGGUUGUAAGUUUUACAACCAAGCACAAUUUGGAUAUGAUAAAAAAAUGAAUUUGUAAUUAAUUUUUUAUUAUUAAAUACACAUUGAGAAUUAAUAACCCAUAAUAAUUUUUGAAAUAUAAAUCCUAAAAGAAAAUAUAUUUAUAUCUCUCUCUUCCUUUUCCAACAGUCACUCCGCAUUUGUGAAAUCCUUCCGGCAAAUUUUUUCCGGCAAAAUCUCCACAACAACCGGCAAAAAUUACCAGUGUGUUAAAAAAUGUACCAAUCCAUUAGUCGGUAGCAAUUUUUUCUAGUGGUACGCUACCAAUAAAACGCUACCAGUACCAUCAGGUAGUUGGUAGUGUACCACUAUCAUUUCGUACCAACUACCAAAUUUUAGUGGUAAUAGAUGAUGGUGGUACGCUACCACUAAGAUAUAGGCGCUACCAGAUGGUAGUGGUAGCUUACCACUACCAGCUACUAGAUGGUAGUGGUACAAAUGAUAGUGGUACGCUACUACUACCAGCUACCAGAUGGUGGUGGUAGAGUACCAACCAAAUCAGUACCACUAGUAUAAAAAAAACAUAUAUGAAAUUUGAAAAUCCUAGAUAUGAAAAAAUAGGAGGAUGAGGAAAGGGGGAGUUGGUGACCUCGCGGCAGGGAUCUCGCGUCGUCAACCAUGUGGCGUUGGUGGCGGGAGGCCGAGGAUGGGCGAGGCCGAGGCGAUGGCUCCACUGCCGGAGGGACAGCGAUGCGAGAGGAAGAGGAGGCUGACCGUGGCAGAUAUCUCUUGCUGUCAGGAGAAAGCCACCGGCGGGAGAGAGGGGGCGACACGACAACAAUGGUGGUGGCAGUGAUCGCAGCGGGAUGAUGGCGGCCGACCGUGAUAGAUCUCUUUGGCGGCUAGCAUUUUUUGUUAGAGAUAUGGUGAGAGGGAGGAGGAGGGAGACAUAGGGAAUGAGAUCUGGGGUUUUUUUUUUAAUGAAGGAUAUUUAUAUGAAAAAUGGAAAGGAUUUCAUGUGGUAAGUUUUCCAUUUCAAAAUUAACUCUAGUUUAAUCUGUACCACAAUACUACUAAUUUAAAAAGAGGGAAAAAAGAGAAGGAACUGGAAGGCUAAGAUGUGAGUUGCCAUUUUCACAACCUUCAAAAUGAAAGUGACCAUAUCCCACCACAUAAGUAUUGUUAGAGAGUGGUAUAAGAUCAAAGAUAACUUUCUCCAACACCUCGAGUUAUUGGGACCAGUUGGUUUAUGACAUGGUAUCAGAGUUGGUUUGGCCAAGUGGUCGUGUGUUCGAAUCUCCACGACCCACAAUAUUAACAGUUGAUUAAAGCACAAGGUAUAUGGUGAUCGCUUGUGCAAACUUCAAGCCUAUGAGUCGGCUUUCGUUUGAGGGGGCGUGUUAGAGAGUGGUAUAAGAUCCAGCAUAAUCUUCUCCCAACAACUCGAGUUAUUGGGACCAACUGGUUCAUGACAAACUCGAGUUAUUGAGAGAAGGUUAUGCUUGAUCUUAUACCACUCUCUAACAAGUAUUAGAGUUCAUUUACAUGUGUAUUUUUAUAUGGAAUUCUGCAAUUUAAAUGUGUUAUUUUUUUUUAUGAAUUGGUAAGCUUUUAUAUCAUCAAAAAACCCCUGCAAAACUGAUGGCAACACCCCUGCCAACUAAGAUACUAUACUUCUAAGUUUUUCAACCUCAACCUAGCAAUAUAACGAAAAAGAAAAACUAUAACUGAACCAAGGGCAACACACUGACUAGCACCAGUAACUAUCAAUAAGUACAAAGGGGAACAAAAUAGAGAGAUCCCUUCGAAUGCUAAGUAUCAACUAUUGGCAACUUCUCCUUGUCCCACCAAACUUCAACCGACAUCUUUCCCUCCAGAUGGAGCUAAUUACAGACCUCCAAAUCGCCCUAGCAGCCUGAGCACGCUCCUGUUUUCCUCGAAGAUGCAACACAGCCCACUGCAACUCAACGUCCCAAUCAUCAGAAGGAAAUCUGGGGAAUUCCUUAGCCAGCAAACCUGCAUACAACUCUUUGUAAACCACACAUUCACCAAACAGAUGCGCCCUAGUCUCCAAAGAACAGGAGCAGAACACGCACGAGAGAGGACCCCUCCCACCCCAAUGAGCUACUUUAUCACAGGUGACAAUAUAGUUCUUUACAACCAUCCAAACAAGGAAUUUAUCCCUUGGAGGGGAGAGGCCUUUCCACACAAUUGAAUACCAUGGAACAGUCGCUUCCUUAGGCCUAAACUCUUACCACACCAUUUGGAUUUUGUAUCUCUGCAUAACUUUUCCAGACCAUGUAACCUCUCCAUUAUUUAUUGACAUCCACUGAUUAAUUCGAUCUCUACUCUUCAACAGCUUCAACCAUAACCAAGACCCUGCUUUUGAUUGGAAUGUCCAGAAAUCAUGCUGCUUUAACCUAUAUUUUUGCAGCCAGGCCACCCACAAUGAACCUUGCUGCAGGAGGAUUAGCCAGAUGUUCCUUAUUACACAAGCAAAAUUCCAACUCACCAGGUCACGAAUGCCCAAUCCACCUUCACUUUUUGGGAGAGCAAUAUAUUUCCAGGCUGCAGUAGCCUUCUUCUUCCCCUCCUCCCCAACUCCCCAUAAAAAAUCACUACACAACCUUUCAAUUUCCUUAAUAAUCCUCUUAGGCAGUAUAAAAACCGCCAUCCAAAACCGAGUUAAACUAGUAAGCACUGAGAUAAUGAGUUGUAAACGCCCUGCAUAGCUAAGAAAUUUUGUUUUCCAAC